CAACGAGUCGCUCGCAAAGGUUGGUUGCGUGAAAAGUGAAACAAAUUAAGAAAACGGCAGUCAAAAUUGGAUAAAAACGUACGGCGAACGCUUGCUAAAGCUUUGCAGAAUCAAGUGCUGCGCUGGAUUUUGCGGAACCGGUGACGAAAGAAGAACAGAAGUGAAGCGGGGGGCGAGGGGAGCGAAGAGUGAACGACACGUUCCAAUUCUCCGCACAUACUACACAAACCCACACCCACAAACAUACCUCCUGGCUAUCUAAAUACACUCCCGUCCCAGAGAGGGGAAGUGUAUGUUCAUUAGGUAGGUUGGACAACCCGGCCCAUUAUCCGUAACAUCCGCGCCUAUCGUCUCAGCUGCAAGGAUACUGCACCUGCACGACGCGAAGGAAAGCCCUAUAGCCAACAAAGGGGACAGAAGGGAUCGCGCGGACUAGAGAAGGUGCGGGAGGAUGGCACAGGCCACUGCUACUACUACCACCGGUACCCGCCAGCAGUCUGACGCGGGUGACGAGCUGGUUCCAACAACGCCCACGGACGAUGAGAAUCUGUUCAUCAAUCCGUCCGACGGUCUGCCGAACGAGCAUCCGGCCUUGCCGAGUGCAUAUGAUUCCGACAGCGAGUCGAACCCGGUGGCAGACGACGAUCUGUUGGACGAUCUACCAACAUCGAUCAUCGUAACCAACAUCCACUCGGAGGUGUUUGCCGACGAUGCGCUCAAGGCUAGUCUGGAGGAACUGUUUCGCACGUUUUCCGAAAACACCACCUUCCAGUGGCUGAAGAGUUUUCGCCGGUUGCGCGUCAACUACGACAGUGCGCUGGCAGCGGCAAAUGCGCGCAUUCGGUUGCAUCAGUACCCGUUCGGAAAGUCCGUCAUAAAUUGCUAUCUGGCUCAACCGGUGACGCCGGUGUCGAACACAAACCUUAAACCGCCCGCACCUGUCAAGCAGUUCCUUAUAUCGCCACCGGCAUCGCCGCCGGCUGGCUGGGAACCGGCUGAGGAGGGCGAACCGCUCGUUAACCAUGACCUGUUGGCAGCGUUGGCCAGCUUAACGCCGGGCGAAAGUCAUGAAAUUCACGCGCAAUCCGAAAAGCAUCCGGGCAUCAUUUUACACACUGCAGCUGAGCAGCUGGAAGCGGCAGCAGCGGCCGCAGCGGAAGGGGCGGAUGACGAUGAGACGGGCGCGAAAUCUUCUAGCAUGGGCAGCAGUUUCGAGGACGAUGAUCCGGACAAGGAAAACUCACCGGUCGUUGGAACGAAUGCGCGCAAACCUCGUAUCAUGCAAACACGCUGCCCAGAGCGCAAAAGUUCCACCUAGAUUGGUUGUUCAGCCCGGUCGUCAAUCGAUCGAAGCGAAAGGUUAAAGUUUCAAAAUGGAUCUGAAACCGAAUGAAAGAGUUUGUUGCAAUUGCGAACCUAAGAGCGAAUCCCCCUUUGCGAUAGGUGGAUCAAAAGAUAUUGUUGGGCUUUAUUGUAGCAAAUGGAACAAGAUCAUGUAAAAAUGUACUAUCCCACAAUUGUUCAUUCUUGAGCUCGUUCUCCGUUCCUGAAGCUUAUUCGCAUUCGUGUCAUGAUCUCGCGAUUUAGGAGGGAAUCUACAUGUCUGUUUGUCCGCGGACAGCGUAAUAUGGAACGGCAGGCAAGCUAGUUUUGUAAUUAUAUCCAACAGUGAUCGUACGGUACGCACCUUUCUGUCUAAUGUUGAUGAUAGGUUAUCGGUUUCGGUUUAUUUUUUAUGUUGAUAAGGUUUGCGUGUUAGAUAUAUCGGUCGAGUAAGCGUAUAACUUCUUCGUGUUAGGUACAUUAGACAGCGUCAGUAUCAAUCAAAGUUGAUUUGAUUGUGUUGCUCUUAUAUUGGUUUACUUUUCUUAAUGGCUGUAAAAAUGGUUAUAUAUAAAAAAAACAAAUCAUCUCAUUGCCCAUAUUAUGUUCUUCUCUCUUUCCACAUUUUCGAGUUUAAUUAUCUUGAAAAUAAAUCAAUUUGUAUUUUAUUUGUUUGUUAAACAUUCAAAUUUAUGUUAAUGCGUUAAGUUAUGCUUUAACUCUUGUGCAUGUUUUGGGAAUAGAAAUUUUCUUCAUUCUUUAAAAUAAUUUGAUAAUCGCUAUGUAUGCCGUUGGCUUAUGUUCAUAACUCACCGCUGGAGAUGUGCUCUUUGUUAUUUACAAACAAAAUCAAAAAUAUGAAGCAUAUCGAAGUGUUUUAAGGCGAAAGUCAGAAUCCUAACAAAAGUACAUACAGCUGGCACAAGCCACUAUAUCUAUUCAAGACGUUUGAUUUUGCAUACAAAAAGAGCAUGCGUUGUGCGGGAACCAAAGUUUGUAAAACAAUAACCAACAGCGUUGUUACAUAACAAGUCCAUGGGUGUGUUUUGCUGGGAGGAAUUCUUGUUCCAUCAUUAUCUAACGCAGUGUUGAUACCAAAAUGCUGGAGGAGAAACCGUAAAUAUACAUCUUCGAUUCCAAAAUUCCUAAUCCGUACGACGGGUUUGUUCCUCCACGCCCUUUUCCAUGGUGUUGUCCUUCUAGCGAAGCGAUUCACUAAAUCGAAUCGACUGUAUUGAAAGUCGUCGUGUGAGAUGGGUCUGAUGUUUAUGUGCUUAUGUGUAAAUUGUAUUCAAGGAAGAAUAACGAUGUUGUUGCUAUCGGAUGUGUUACUUUUCCCGUUUCCUAUCUACUUAGAGAUGAAAACUGCAUGUACACAUUUAUAUGCUCUCGGACUCAACGCUCAGUGUGUGUGUGUCCGCCAGGCGUGUUUUAUAGCUGUUAUAUCUAUUCGACGAUGACGAGCUAAGAGGUUCGUUUGUGUUGUGCUCAUCUAAAAUGUUUGUCCUGUGUAAUGGUGGUUCGGGUUUGGAGCGUUUUUUUCUAUAUAUUUUUCUACGCUAUUACUACGCAACACGAUGUACCGCACAGAAGGCACAUUACCACACUGGCCAUCAACAAAACAUCACCUGGUCAACCUUUUGAUCCCCUAACAGUGUGUGUACAAUAGACAUAACGAUACCCAGUAGAACCUUUUGAAGGGGAUCUUUUGGUAAAGACAGGGCACUAUAUUGUCACAGUACUUCCAAUAUUUAUCGUAACGAGAUAUUAAACGUUGAACUGAUCACACGGAUACCGGUAAAAGGGACGAACCAAACCGAUGCAUAACAUAAUGCAAAGUAAAACAAUAUUUUAGUUAGUGCUACGGACGAAACGUGAAUGCUAACUAACUAGUGUGUUAUACAAUGAAUACAAAUGGCUUUAGCGGUAGACAAAAUUAUAGACACACGAUUUGAGUUCAAGCAACAAACCAUACAAUUCACUAUAAAGGUCUUUGGAAUUGAUUAGAAAGUGUGAGCUGAUUGGUAAAAUAUGCCCGGUUUUAUUCAUCCAAUAGAUGAGUGUAAUGGGAAUGAGGAGUAAUAAAGCAAAGGUUAGUACCGUGUAAUGAACGUGGGAGAUAUCCAGAUGAGAAAAGGAUCUCGUUAAUUUUAUCGUCAAGGCAAACUAGUAGUGUAAUAAUAGUGAAAAUAUAGACGAAACGACAAGGAGUGAGAGAACGUGUGUUUGAAGAUAAAUGACUAGUGUAGAGGAAAACAGAUUUAGCAAAACAAUAUCAAAUGAGUUUGGUAAGUGAUGGAUCAAUUAUUAUUAUUGAUGAGGGGUGCAGCAGAUUGAAGGAUAUUAUAUACAUAACUGUCAAAUAAAGUUUGAUAUAGAUUUAAAUGGUUUAAUGUUAUGUUGUUAUUGGUUGGUGUUACUGAUCGUCACUAACGAAUGGAAAACUGAACAAAACAAAACACAUAACACUACAUGGCGGCGACAAAAAAGACGGACAGGGUUUACAUUAUCGUUUGUUAUGUUGGGUGUCGAUGGAAUUUAUGUGUUAUGUGUUUCCUCGCAUUGCUGCA